CGAAAACACAAAUAACAGCAACAACAUCAGCUACAGCGACAUCAAGGAUGGGGUUGGUGUCAACAACAACAAUCAUGGAGGGGGUGACGUCCAAGGCUCCGCCAUGAUGGGAGUGAUGCUGCAGGUGGACGCGGAAGAUACGAUAGACGUCAACAACGGCAACAAUAACAAGAACGAUGGUGCGCAGGAUUUGGGAUUGGGAGAAAUGGGCGAACGGGGUGUGAAGGAUGACAGCAAUAUUAACAACGACGGCGAGAACAACAAUAUCGACAACGACAACAACCAUAACAACAAUGGUGACGAGGGCGGGGGCGAAGUCCAGGGCAGCAGCAUGAAGGGUGUGCUGCCGCAGGUGGACAUGGAUGAUAAAGGUGGUGACAACAACAACAACAACAACAACAACAACAACAACAACAACAACAACAACAACGACAAUAACAACAACAACAAUAAUGAUGAUGAUGGGGGAGGCGGCCUUCGCGGCUGCCGCAUGAGGGGAAUGAUACAGCAGAUGGAUGCGGAUGAUAACGGAGACGACAACCAAAACGACGACAACAACAACAACAACAACAAAAGCGUUGACGACGGAGAGGGAGAUGUCCAUGGCAGCAGAAUGAUGGGUAAGAUACCGCAGGCAGACGCGGUUGGAAUGGGGGUGGACACGGGAAAUGGGUUUUCUGACUUCGUCCUUGUUAUAUUUUUGGGCCUCAAUAUGGAGUUGUUUUUCGUUGUAUGCUGGAGGAUAGGAGUAGGUUAGGCAGUGAUGAUUGGGUUAGCCGGCCCGCAACACCAAUCAACACUGGGGUGGUGA